UCAUUUCCUGCUUUCUCCUGCUUUCUCCGUCACAUUUUUAAGCGUCUCAUCAUGCUUCAUCCUCCACUUUCUCCGAACUGAGCCCAGAAAUUCUCACGGAAAGUUAAAAAUAUAUGGGAUCUUCCACCUCCUCGCUGGAAGAAUUAUUCUGUCAGGCUCCACCGUCACCCGAGCACGUACUUUCUCCUGCCUUAAUCCGGCAGUCUUACAUCAUCGUCAUCAUCGUCUUAAUCUCCAGGCUUAGAUAAUCCCGUGGAUAAUAAUUGCGUAAUUCGAGGCAGGAUGGUGACCAAGCGAGGCUUGAGCCUGAAAGGGCUCCUGCUCGGAGGCCUCCGUCCCUUCCAGGUGAAUAAAAAUCUCUCCAAAUCUUGGACUCGGGCUGAUGUUCGGUUUCGCUACUUGGAAAAUCAGGCACUGUUUUGGACACUGUUUGAUCUCGGAACGGACAUCUGGUAUUUUCUUCUCUUGUCUGGAGCUAUCUUGGAUCCGGGAGAAUUGGUCGCGUUUCUUGGGGGAGAAGAGAUCCCGGUGACGCAUUUCUUCCCCGUUUUUGCGUACCUCAUCUUGUCCAUGGUGUCCAGCACGGGGGUUCUUCUCGUCAAGCAGGAUCAGACCUUCUUCCCCUUCUCCCUCCUCAAGUUCGCCCUGUUCAUCACGUGCUCCACCGUCUUCUUCAUCAUGGCCCUGACCCCGGUCGGGCGUCAGGUUUGGGGCGGUUUUUGGACCUCGGUCGUCUUCAUUCAUGGCGUCUACACGGCCGUCAAAGCGUUCCCGAUCUGGGCGCAUGUCAACUUCCUCGGCUACGCGUUGCACCUCGGACUCACCGACCACCUCACCCGGACCCGCCUGCAACUCAUCCCGCUUAACGUGGGCGACCACGUGGUGGGUGGAGACCACGUGGUCGAGGGGGGCGACCACAACACCCUGGAAAAAUUCUACCUCUUGAAGUCCGCCCAACUCAAGCAUGCCAUGGAAAUGAAGGCGAAAAUUGACGAGGAUGGCGGACCGACCUGGACAGAAAAUUAUUACCAGGAUGACGCAGAAGGUGGUGGUGACGGGGACGAGGAAACCGGAAAUGGAAAUGGAGAUACGAUUCAUGCCAAAGUUUGGACAGUGUCGGAUGCCAAAGAUAAAUUUCUGACGCGAUCAGUAGCCCUGGAUGGGGACAAGUUUACCAUUUUUGAUGUGCAGAUCGCUCUCUAAGCGGGUUUCCGGGCUUUGAUUUUCUAAAAAAAAUCUAUAUGUCACUUUUUGUACAACUUGUGUAGCUGCUGCCGAGUUGUAUUUAUUGAAAUGAUGGAAAGUUGGUAGAGUAGUGAUGAAAAAAUGUACCUUUUUUGAAAAUUUGUGACCUAAAUUAUAUGUAUGUACACAUAUGUAAAUCAUAUCGUGGUUGGAACACGUGCAUGAAUAUAAUUGCAAGCACGUGCACGAAUAUAAGCACGUGCAUAAGUAAUAUUACAAAUAUUAAUUAAUAUUUAAUAACACAUAUGUAAAUUUCUGUUACCCACGUGUAACGUAAUAUUUAAUUCCAUGUAAAUCUCUGUCUCUCAAUAAAAAUUUGGGCAGAUCGAUCUCUAAAAGGAUUUUGGGUGCUCUCUUUUUCUGCCCCCAAAAAAAUCUAUCUAUCUCUUUUUACACAACUUGUAUUUAGCUGCAACCGAGUUGCAUUUAUUGACAGGAUUGGAGAACUUUAUAAAUGUGUAGAGAUAGAGAAAUAUAUAUGUUUUUUUUGAAAAUUUUACUUUUUACACAACUUGUAGCCGACGAGUUGGUAGACUAGAGAUGAAAAAAUGUACCUUUUUCUGAAAACUUGUGACAUAAAUUAUGCACACAUAUGUAAAUCAUAUCGUGGUUGAAACACGUGCAUGAAGUAAUAAUACAAAUAUUAAUUAAUAUUAAUGUGACAUAAAUUGCUGUUACCCACGUGUAACAUAAUAUUUAAUUCUAUACAAAUCUCUGUGUCGUAAUACUGAUAAAAUUAUAGGGCAGAUCGCUCUCUAAAUGGAUUUCCGAGCUCUUUUUCUACAAAAAAACUCUCACUUUUUAUACAACUUGUAGCGAGUUGUAUUUAUUAAAAUGAUUGAAAGAGUAGAGAAGAGAUGGAAAAAAUGUACCUUUUUUGAAAAUU